GUAUGGGAUGUCAACACUACAGACAGAGGCUUAACUUGCAAUCCACAGCACCAGCUCCUAAACCUAACUUUAUUUACCGUGUUUAAGAUGAACAGUGAGGAGUGUUGAGUGUUUUCCCUUAUAAGACGUUGGAGAAUAGGCUGUGACUCAUUCUUGUCCGAGUAAGUGGACGGUGGAAGGGAUGAAAGACUGCUCGCCGAGGCGGCAGCAGCUUCAUCGCACCAUGGCCCCCUCCAUAUGGUUCUCUUCCAUGAGAUGGAAUUCUCUUUCAAUGGACUCAAGGCAGAGCUGGUUCUUUCUGCUUCUUGUUUUGCAGGAGGAGCAUCUGGGUGGACAGCCACUGAGCCUCGGAAAGCUGAGGGAGCUGAGCGUUGUGUCUGAGACCGUGAUCCAGGCAUCAGUGCGGAGCUUUCAGAAGGAGUGCUACCCUGAAGAUAAAGAACAGCUCCCGAAGCACAAGCGAGGAGGGAUCGAUGCUAAGCUUCUAGCUGCACUUCCAAAAGUGGCAGAAUUGAGAAAGAUCUUUGAACCGAAGACGAAAGAAUUUGUAGACAUGAAGAGAAAAGAAAGAAUUGCCAGGCGCCUCGAAGGCAUCGAGAAUGACCCGCAGCCCCUCCUCCUGCAGAGCUGCACCGGCCUGGUGACGCACCGCCUGCUGGAGGAAGACACGCCCAGAUACAUGCGCGCCUCGGAUCCUGCCAGCCCGCACACCGGCCGAACAAAUGAAGAGGAGGAAACCUCGGAUUCUUCCUCAGAUAAGCAGACUCGGUCCAAGUACUGCCCGGACUCCUCAGACGUCCAUGCUGAUGCAUCCUACAGCACAAGCACCACGGACACCCACGGGCUCGAGUCCAAAGCAGAGAGGAUCGCCCGAUACAAAGCCGAAAGGAGGCGACAACUGGCUGAGAAGUACGGGCUCACGCUGGGGCCAGAAGGUGACUCCGAGUACCUCUCGCGCUAUAGCAAGUCCAGGAGGGACCACGAGGUGGUGGACAAGCGGGCAGGGAGAGGCGAGAAACCAGAGGAGCCUGGCCAGGAAUCAAGUCCUCUGUACUCCCGGAGCUGUGCGCUGGAGGCCAGGGACCACAGGGAGCUCUUGUUGAACGUGGAAAACCAGAGACGCGGCCAGGACCUGCCCCCCACGACUGAAAGCCCCUCAUCCUUCUUCCCUGGCCGAGACUCCUCCUGCACCCAAGUGCCAAGGUCCCCACAGCAAAUGCACAGCUCGUCCCUGCAGCGGCCAGCCUCCCCAAGCCACUCAGCAGGUGACGUGCCUCUGCCCCCCGAGACCCGAUCCAGUCCGGGGAGACCCAAACACGAGUGGCUCCUCCAGAAAGAUGCCGAGGGGGACACAUCUUCACUCAUCAACUGGCCCUCCAGAGUUAAAGUGAGAGAAAAAUUGGUGAAAGAGGAGAGUGCCCGCAGAAGUCCCGAUGUGGCCACAGAGGCCCUGUCUCAGAGGAGACAUCAGCCAGUGUCAGUGCAGUACCUGUCCUUCCAGUCCGAACACUCAGCCUUCGAGAGGGUGGCCAGCACUGGCCGCCAGCCCCUCCGCGGCUGCGUGCAGCCGGCAGACCCUGGGCACACCGCCCAGCUGGUGACCUUGGAGACCCCAGAGAGCAGCUCUGAAUGCAGCUGGGUGGGCGCCACCGCCCAGAACACCACGAGGCCACCUGCCUUGAAGGUUCUGGAAGGAGAGAGGAAAGGCGCCCGCCAUAUCUGUGAAUCCAAAGCAGAGGAGGACAUGCUCAAGAAGAGCCUGAAGAUGCCCUUGACCUUGGAGGACAACAGGCCUGGUGGCAGCCGGGAAGUUCUCUCUGGAAAGGAGGACUCUGAUGAGCCUGUCCUUGGCAUGAUGGCCAUGGAACAUCCUCGGAAAGAUCUCCAAAGCCUGGCAUCACCCACAGCUGAGUGCCAGCCCCUGGAGAGACCAGCCCGGAGCGAGGUGGUCCUGUAUAUGCAGAGCAAGCCAGCGUCCCAAGAGGCCCAGCUAACAGGCCAUGCCAACGAGGCACCUGCUAGGAAGCACCGGGUUCGCACCCGCUCACUAUCUGACUUCACUGGCCCGGCUCAGCUCCUCAAGGGCAAGGACCCAGCUGCCAGGCGAGGGCCGGAGCCAGUGAGUUCCAAGACUGAAGUGCCCUGGGCAGAAGCCAGCCUGCUAGACACCAAGGUCUCUGUCGCCCAGCUCCGAAGCAUGUUUCUGGAGUCUGCCAGUGCCGGCCAGAAACCUGAACUCCCAUCCCGGGUGCAGAAGUCAGCUGAUGGAGCUAGCUUGACCACCUAUGCGGACCGGGAAAGAGGGUCCCGGAAACCAAGGCGCUAUUUUUCUCCUGGUGAAAAUAGGAAAACUUCUGAGAGAUUUAAAACUCAACCCAUAACCUCAGCAGAGCGAAAGGAAUCAGAUAGGUGUAUUUCCAGUUCAGAAAUGCCAACUGCAGAAGAUGAAGAAAAGGUGGAUGAACGGGCCAAGCUGAGUGUAGCUGCCAAAAGACUCCUAUUCAGGGAAAUGGAAAAGUCGUUUGAGGAACCCCAGGUUCCCAAGCGGCGUUCUCGCAAUGCAGCGGUGGAGCAGAGGCUGCGACGCCUGCAAGACAGAUCCCACACCCAGCCCAUCACCACCGAGGAGGUGGUCAUCGCAGCCACUGAUCCUAUCCCUGCUUCUUCGCGUGCUGGGGUCACCCACCCACUCGUGGCGAGACUUCCCAGCCCCGCGGUAGCUAAGAGCACGGUGCCACCUGCCAGGCUACAGGCUUCUGCUCAGCAAAAGACCGCAGCCAGGGAGCCGACAAUCGAGGGCAAAGAGGAUGCUGAACUGGGAGAACCUGAUUCCUCCACUCUCAGCUUAGCAGAGAAGCUGGCCUUGUUUAACAAACUAUCCCAGCCGGUCUCCAAAGCCAUUUCCACCCGCAACAGAAUUGACCUGAGACAGAGAAGGAAGAACGCUCGCUAUCAGACCCAGCCCGUCACCCUCGGAGAGGUGGAGCAGGUGCAGAGUGGCAAGCUCAUCCCGUUCUCGCCUGCCGUGAACACAUCCGUGUCCACCGUGGCCUCAGCCGUCCCCGCCAUGUACGCUGGGGAGCUCCGGGCGAAGCCGCCAGCGCCUGCCGCCGCCACCGCCGACGACGAUGUGGGUACCACUGAGGACAAGUUGCCUUCUGGGAUGGAGAGCGCCGAUUCUGCCACGGUGAGGAGCAUUCUGAAGCCGCACGCCUGGCAGCCUGUGGCAGAGGGGAGUGGGAGCAGAGGAAUGUCGCGAGAAUGCCGAGAGUCGGAGAGCAGGAGAGCUUCGGUGGUGGGAGACAGCGGCGGCCCCGUGAAGAAACCCGGAUUCCCGGAGGACGCGGAGCCUUGGCAACCCAUCCCGAGCAGAGACGGCCCCAGGGAACCCCUGUAUGCAGUUCCCCGAAGAGGGAGUCUGGAACCGGCAGCCACUCCGGCUGGGGAGGAACUGAAAGAAUUUGCCAAGGCCAAAAGCAGUGCCCAAGGGAACGUGGAGUUGCAGGACAGACAGCCCUCGGAAAAAAAGCUGGAGGUGGAGGUCGCCAAAAGAAAGUUCUCGCUACGAGCCACGGAGUUCGGGGAGCCCACUUCCGAGCAGUCGGAUACAGUUGAUGGGAAGACCGUGGCCCCGCCUGCAGCCCCGGCCUCCUGGAGGCAGCAGGAGUCCCCGGAGCAGCGGCUCCUGGAGAAAAGUUCCAAGAGCCCUUGCGCCAUGUUCGCUGCGGGAGAGAUCAAAGCGCUGGCCGGGGAGAGCACCGUGGACUCGCCCAGCAAGACCAUGUCCAUUAAAGAGAGGUUGGCGCUGUUGAAGAAGAGUGGGGAGGAAGACUGGAAGAACAGACUGAGCAGGAAGCAGGAGUUUGGGCAGACCUUGGCUGGGGCCAGCAUGCACCUGCCGGACUCAGAGCUGCUACUACACAAGAGGCGGGUGACCGACAGCCGAGAGAGCCAGAUGACCAUCGAAGAGAGGAAGCAACUCAUUACCGUGAGAGAGGAAGCCUGGAAGACAAGAGGCAGAGGGGCUGCCAACGACUCCACCCAGUUCACUGUGGCUGGCAGGAUGGUGAAGAGAGGUCUGGCCUCCCCUACUGCCAUCACACCGGUGGCAUCCCCAGCUGGCACCAAGGCAAGGGGCACCACGCCAGUCUCCAAGCCGCUGGAAGAUAUCGAAGCCAAGCCGGACAUGCAGCUGGAGUCCGACCUGAAGCUGGACAGGCUGGAGACAUUCCUCAGGAAGCUCAAUAGCAAAGGAAUGCAAGAGACUGUGCUCAGUGUCACGGGGCAGUCUGUCAAGGAGGUGAUGAAGCUGGAUGAUGACGAAACCUUCGCCAAGUUCUACCGAAGCAUGGACCACAAUGUGCCCAGAAGUCCUGUGGAGCUGGAGGAGGACUUCGACGUUCUUUGCGAUCCCUGUUCACCCAAGCUAACGUUCUCUGUGGCCGAGCACAAGCGCGCGGUCAGGCCCAAGCGCCGGGUACAAGCUUCCAGAAACCCCCUAAAGAUGCUGGCCGCCCGGGAAGACCUCCUGCAGGAGUACACGGAGCAGAGACUCAACGUGGCCUUCAUGGAAUCCAAGCGGAUGAAAGUGGAGAAGCUGUCUUCCAACUCCAACUUCUCAGAAGUGACCCUGGCCGGCUUAGCCAGUAAAGAAAGCUUCAGCAACAUCAGCCUGCGGAGCGUCAACCUGACCGAGCAGAAUUCCAACAACAGCGCUGUGCCCUACAAGAAACUGAUGUUGUUGCAGAUCAAAGGAAGAAGACACGUGCAGACAAGGCUGGUGGAACCACGGGCACUAUCCCUCAACAGUGGGGACUGCUUCCUGUUGCUGUCCCCUCAGCACUGCUUCCUGUGGGUCGGGGAGUUUGCAAACGUCAUAGAGAAAGCCAAGGCCUCCGAACUUGCGACUUUAAUUCAGACGAAGAGAGAGCUUGGUUGCCGAGCAUCCUACCUGCAGACCAUCGAAGAAGGCAUCAACACACACACGCAUGCGGCCAAAGACUUCUGGAAACUGCUGGGCGGCCAAACCAGUUACCAGUCUGCCGGGGAUCCCAAAGAGGACGAACUGUACGAAACGGCCAUCAUAGAGACCAACUGCAUCUAUCGGCUGGUGGAUGACAAGCUCGUGCCGGAUGACGACUACUGGGGGAAAAUCCCGAAGUGCUCCCUUCUGCAAUCGAAAGAGGUGUUGGUGUUUGAUUUUGGUAGCGAAGUGUACGUGUGGCACGGCAAGGAAGUCACGUUGGCGCAACGGAAGGUCGCGUUCCAGCUGGCCAAGCACCUGUGGAACGGAACCUUUGACUACGAGAAUUGUGACAUCAACCCGCUGGACCCCGGAGAGUGCAAUCCGCUUAUCCCCAGGAAAGGCCAAGGCCGGCCAGACUGGGCCAUAUUUGGGCGACUCACAGAACAUAACGAGACGAUUCUGUUCAAAGAGAAAUUCCUUGACUGGACGGAACUGAAGAGGCCCAACGACAAGAAUGGGGGAGACCUCGCCCAGCAGAAGGAAGACCCCAGAGCUGAGGUCAAGGCUUGCGACGUUUCUCGAAUGGUCGCCAUGCCCCAGGUGACGACCGCCACCAUUCUGGACGGGGUCAACGUGGGCCGCGGCUACGGCCUGGUGGAAGGCGAUGACCGGAGGCAGUUUGAGAUCACCAGUGUCUCUGUGGACGUGUGGCACAUCCUGGAAUUCGACUACAGCCGGCUCCCCAAGCAGAGCAUUGGGCAGUUCCACGAGGGGGACGCUUAUGUGGUCAAGUGGAAGUACAUGGUGAGCACCACAGUGAGCAGCCGGCAGCGAGGUGAGCCCUCGGCGAGAGUGGCUGGCAGGGAGAAGUGCGUCUACUUUUUCUGGCAAGGUCGCCACUCGACAGUGAGCGAGAAGGGAACUUCGGCCCUGAUGACCGUGGAGUUAGACGAAGAGAGGGGAGCCCAGGUGCAGGUUCUACAAGGGAAGGAGCCCCCCUGUUUCCUGCAGUGCUUCCAGGGGGGCAUGGUGGUACACUCGGGGAGACGGGAGGAGGAAGAAGAGAGUACACAGAGUGAGUGGAGACUCUACUGCGUGCGGGGAGAAGUGCCCGUGGAGGGCAGCUUGCUAGAAGUGGCCUGCCACGGCAGCAGCCUGCGGUCACGCACGUCCAUGGUGGUCCUGAACGUGAACAAGGCCCUCAUCUACCUGUGGCACGGAUGCAAGGCUCAGGCCCACACCAAGGAGGUCGGCAGGACCGCGGCCAAUAAGAUCAAGGAGCAGUGUCCUCUGGAAGCAGGCCUGCACAGCAGCAGCAAGGUGACCAUUCAUGAGUGUGACGAGGGCUCUGAGCCGCUGGGCUUCUGGGACGCUCUGGGCAGGAAGGACAGGAAGGCCUAUGACUGCAUGCUGCAAGAUCCGGGCAGUUUUAACUUCGCCCCCCGCCUCUUCAUCCUCAGCAGCUCUUCGGGGGACUUCUCGGCCACAGAGUUUGUGUACCCUGCCCGGGCUCCCGCCGUGGUCAGUUCUAUGCCUUUCCUACAGGAGGAUCUGUACAGUGCGCCCCAGCCAGCUCUCUUCCUGGUUGACAACCACCACGAGGUGUACCUGUGGCAGGGUUGGUGGCCCAUUGAGAACAAGAUCACAGGAUCGGCACGCAUCCGCUGGGCCUCGGACCGCAAGAACGCCAUGGAGACGGUUCUGCAGUACUGCCGAGGGAAAAACGCCAAGAAGCCGCCCCCCAAGUCCUACCUGAUCCACGCCGGGCUGGAGCCCCUGACCUUCACCAACAUGUUCCCCAGCUGGGAGCAUAGGGAAGACAUUGCCAGCAUCACGGAGAUGGACACGGAAGUUUCCAACCAGAUCACCCUGGUGGAGGAUGUGCUGGCCAAGCUCUGCAAGACCGUGUACCCCCUGGCUGACCUCCUGGCCCGCCCACUCCCAGAAGGCGUUGACCCACUGAAGCUGGAGCUCUAUCUCACAGAUGAAGAUUUCGAGUUUGCACUAGACAUCACCAGGGAGGAGUUCAACGCCCUGCCCUCCUGGAAGCAGGUGAACCUGAAGAAAAGCAAAGGCCUCUUCUGAGCUGCUUUGGAGAUGCCGGAGGCCACCUGCGACACACCAGGAAACCAUGAGCAUAUGCGUACUUUUUUUUUUCUCUCGGAUUGGUGUUUUUAAACAAGUCUUUUUAAGCCAGAAUUUUCCUAAUGGGACAGUAUGAUUGACACAGCUUGUCUUUGGUGAGUGCGGAAGAGAACUUUCCACAAGCCUGCAGGUGUUAAAUGUCGACACCUGCCAGGUGCACUUGGGCCGGCCGUUCUGGUUGGCCACUGACAGACCUGAGCUCCCCUGACUUGGGCUGGGCAGUGCCUGUGUAUUUUUUUUAAAAGCAGUUCUCUUUAUAAAGUGUUAUUUUGAUAGCUUGUGAAUUUAAAAGUAUAUAUAUAUAUAUAUAUAUUUAUAUAAACACCAUAUAAACCAGAUACAUAUUUAACAAAGCAAUAGGUAUCCGAUCACGUUUAAGAUCUUUCUUGGUGUUGGGCAUCCGAACCUGACAGAUGCAGAGGGAGUCGCUUGUGCUGGAGUUAGCUCCACUAGGCCACGCGCGUGCAGUUAGAUGAGUCUAGCUUCCUUUCCGUGUCAGCCAGGGCUGCUUCCGAGGGCUGCUUCUUCCGGUGCUAGCGUGAGCAGUGAAGCCUCACUGAACGGCACAGCCGCUGUGGAAAUCCAUGCGCCAUCAACCCCCGAAAUGUAUAGUGCCUUGUUUUCAUGUACAGUUUUAUAUACAGUUUGCUCUGCGGUUUUUUGAUUUUUUUUUUUUUUUUUUGAUGCUGGUUUGGAAGAUUCUUGACGAUUUUACAGUCCCUUCAUAGAAAUACAAGCAUCUCAGUUUCUAAGAGCUGUUCGAAACUUGACACUUUUUUUUUUUUUUGAGAAGGAAACUCCCAAAUAAAAGCUUCUGAAUAAACACAA